GCCAUGAGGUGUGGUCUGCUUUGGCUCAUCGGAGUUCUCUGGAUGACUCUCUCCUCCGGUGUUAAGACUCAGAAUGUGAAAGUUUUGAGGGAAAUAGAAGUUUUCCCUGGUGAAACUAUUCAUCUGCGCUGUCAGUUCGUGAAAUCAGGAUCCAUCAAAUUAACCCAGGUAUCAUGGAUCUAUGAGUCCCCAGAUGGGGUGAGGGGCAACAUAGCUGUCUUUCACCCUACAUACCGAGAGAGCUUUCCAGAAUCGGCCGUCAAAGGCCGGGUGCGCUUCGUGCUGGCCUCUCUAGAAACCCCCUCUAUUGAAAUUGACAAUGCACAAAAGACAGACGAAGGAAAGUAUACAUGCGAGUACGCCACCUACCCCAGCGGACAGGAAGUGGGCACUACUACUCUUACCGUGCUUAGCAAGUCCAACAACUCUGCCAGCCCUGUUACUGUUCGUGCCGGUUCGUCUGCGGUUGUCGUUGCACGCUGUGAGGCGGCUCAGGGAAAACCAGCUGCAACUAUCACCUGGGUGAGCUCUGCAAACGGGAACUAUAACUCCACAUCCAAAGAGGAACCUGACGGAACAGUGACGGUGAAGAGCGAGUACCGGCUUGUGCCGACUCCAGCCGACAACGGGAGAGAGAUCAGCUGUGAGGUCACUCAACGCACCCAGGACAGUUUUCACCCUCAGAGUUUUCCCGUGAAGCUGACUGUAGAGUACCCCCCCUCUGUGAAAAUUGAGGGUUAUGAUGAAAACUGGUACAUGGGUCGGGCAGACGUUGCUCUGACAUGCCAGGCUGAUGCAAACCCUGUGCCUGCCAUGCUUAGUUGGACAGUAGCCUCAGGGUCAGUGCCAUCCACAGUACAGGUAUAUGGCAACAAACUCCACGUGAAGAAGGUGGAUGAAUCCGUGAACACCACCUUUGUGUGUGAGGUGAAGAACAGAUUAGGCUCUGGCAAGAACCAGCUCACCGUAAAGGUCUUCGUGCGUGACGCGGGUGGACCAGGGCCAGCAACCUCCUACCUACUGCACUUUUUCACUGGAGUAUUUUUCGUCUUAGCAUGUUACUUGUAGCUGCGUUUCCCAAGUAAUUUAUUGCUAAGUAAGUAUUAUUAAAUGACCUAAUAACACUCUGUCAGCUUAAGAACUGUACCGUCAACAUUCAAAAGCAAGUGAUGGAUGCUAA